AUGAUCAUCCUCGCCGUCUUCUUGUCGGUAAUUACCUCGUCGUCGUCCUGGUACGAGGCCGCCGCCGCCGCCGAUCCACAGGUGCCUUGUUUCUUCAUCUUCGGUGACUCCCUCAACGACUGCGGCAACAACAACGACGCCGACACCAAGGCGAAAGCGAAUUACAAACCCUACGGGAUCGACUACCCCGAUGGCCCCACCGGCCGGUUCACCAACGGCCGCACCGCCGUCGAUUUCCUCGCCGAGCAUCUGGGGUUUGGUAAUCCGAUUCCACCGUUCACAACCGCCAAAGGUGAUAGCAUACUCCAAGGGAUAAAUUACGCGUCGGGCUCCGCCGGGAUCCUCGACGAAACCGGCAAGCAUCUGGGAAAGAACGUGCCAUUGGGAACACAGGUCCAGAACCACCAGAAAACAUUCUCCAAGAUCGCGGCCAUGAAGGGCGGCAAAGACUCGGCAACAAAACACCUCAACGGUUGCAUAUACUACAUGUCGAUCGGUAGCAACGACUUCCUCAACAACUACUUCCUUCCCAAGCAAUACAAGACCAGCAAGGAGUACUCCGUCGAUAAGUUCACCGCUCAUCUCGCCUCCACCUACCGUGACAAAAUCAAGACUCUGCACGGCUACGGGGCGAGGAAGAUAGCCGUGGUUGGGGUCGGCAAGGUCGGGUGCGUCCCCCACAUGAUGGAUAUGUUCGGCACCAAGGGCUCCAAGUGCAUUCAGAACGUGAACUCGGCGGCGCAGAACUUCAACAAGCAGCUCAAGAAGCUCGUCGUCGAUCUCAACAAGGAGCUCAAAGACGCCAAGUUGAUCUACAUCAACUCUUACGGGAUGAGCGAUGGGGAUCCCACGAUUCUAGGUUUCAAGUACAUAACCAGUGGAUGCUGCAAAUCGAGAGAAGAUGGGCAAUGUGUGGAAGGCGAAACUCCUUGUUCGAACAGAAGGGAGUAUGUGUUUUGGGAUUCGUUUCAUCCGACGGAAACCGGCCACAAAGCCGUCGCAGACCGAACUUACAAAUCCUUGCUGCCUUCUGAUAGCGACCCGUUCGAUCUCCACAGCCUGGCCGCUCUCGAUAUAGGUGUUAAAAGUGGGAGACUUGCUGAGGAGACUAGUGAAAGAGGACUCGAGCUAUAA